CAUGCUUCCUCUUCCUACUUCCUCCUGGUCUGUUUUCAUCAUUUCAUACAUUUCUGAUUGAAGAGUGACUCACUGAAACACGGUGUUGCUAUCAUGAUGUUGGUCAGAAUGGCUCCUGCUCUUCCUCUGAUGUUUCUGCUCAUGAUUCAUGGGGUUUCUAGUGCUGAUUGGGGCGUGAGUUACAGUCCUUCACACAUCUGUGCACUAAAGGACUCAUCAGUGAUAAUGAACUGCAAUUAUACAUACCCUACUGAACAUCAGAUCAAGAAAGUGUUCUGGACCAAAGACUUUAUAAGGGGUGUAGAGCCUCCAGAUCUGUCUGAGGACCCUGAAUACAGUCAGAGGCUUCAGUAUCUGGGAGAUAAACAGCAGAACUGCACCAUCAGACUGAGUCAUGUGACACUGAAGGAUUCACACGAGUACUAUUUCAGAUUCAUCACUGAUACAGACAAAUGGAUUGGUGAACCAGGAGUGACUCUUACUGUCACAGAUCUUCAGGUGGAGUCUCCUGAGAGAGUGACAGAGGGAGAUUCAGUCCGUCUGACAUGUAAAAGCAGCUGCACUCUGACUGACAGAGCAACAUUCAUCUGGUACAGAAACUCACAGCCAUUAACUGAGAGAAGAGACAGAAACAAUGAACUCCUGCUGCAGUCAGUCAGAAGAGAGGAUGCAGGCAGAUAUAGCUGUGCUGUACACGGACACAAUCACAUCUCUCCUGCUGUUCAGCUCAAUGUCACACAUCCUCCAAAGAGCGUUUCAGUGUCCAUCAGUCCAUCUGGUGAAAUAGUGUCAGGAGAUUCAGUGACUCUGAUCUGCAGCAGUGAUUCAAACCCUCCUGCAGAAAUCAGCUGGUUUAAAGGAAGAACGUUUGUAGGAUCUGGAAGAAUCUACAGCAUCUCAAAGAUCAGCUCUGAUGACAGUGGAGAAUACAAGUGCAGAUCCAUCAAUGAACAUGGAGAGAAAUACUCUGAUGUUGUGACUUUAAACGUCAUGUACCCACCCAGGAGCGUCUCAGUGUCCAUCAGUCCAUCUGGUGAAAUAGUGUCAGGAGAUUCAGUGACUCUGAUGUGCAGCAGUGAUUCAAACCCUCCUGCAGAAAUCAGCUGGUUUAAAGGAGGAACGUUUGUAGGAUCUGGAAGAAUCUACAGCAUCUCAAAGAUCAGCUCUGAUGACAGUGGAGAAUACAAGUGCAGAUCCAUCAAUAAACAUGGAGAGAAAGACUCUGAUGCUGUGACUUUAAACGUCAUGUACCCUUCCAGGAAAGUUUCUGUGUCCAUAUGUCAGUCUGGUCAGAUUUGGGAGGGAGAUUCAGUGACUCUGAUCUGCAGCAGUGAUUCAAACCCUCCUGCUCUGAACUUCAGCUGGUUUAAAGGAGGAACGUUUGUAGGAUCUGGAAGAAUCUACAACAUCUCAAAGAUCAGCUCUGAUGACAGUGGAGAAUACAAGUGCAGAUCCAGAAAUAAACAUGGAGAGAAAUACUCUGAUAAUGUGACUUUAAACGUCAUGUCAGAAAGAUCUGUCUCGUGGUCUGCAGCGUUUGGUAUUGGUUUUGGUGUUGGUGUUGGACUCUGUGGAGCAUCUGCUGCUCUCAUUGUUUUGUAUAUUUGUCAUACAAAAAGGAUGAAAAGAUCUGCUGUAAGAUUUUCUCAGAUUGUGGAUCCCAGUGCUGAAGUAUAUAUAGAGUAAGGCUGGCUUGAUUUCCUGACAGAUCUGAAUUCAUCAACUUUUACAGGAACAGACACCAUGCAAUAAAACAAUACAUCUGCAAACACUGAGUUGAUAUCAUGAAGCAAGGGCACAUAAUCUUCUCUGCUCACGAACAGUCUAAUAUGAACAGUAAAAGUGUAACUAUUUUAUUUUUAAAUGAUUUCCCUGAAGUAAAAAUAAAAUUGUGUUUUUUAGGGGGAAUUUUAGUUUUAAAUAUUUGAAGUGAUUAAUUUCACUCUCUCACUCUGUGUAAGAGUAUAUGUGUUUAUUUUGGUCAAUUUUGACAGUGAACAGCAAAGGUGUGUAUGGUGUACAUUUUAGGACAUCCUCAGACCUAUACAUAGUCAAACAACAAUAAGGCUUUAAAAUAAUAUAUUGUAUUAAGUACAAUAUAAACAAGACCUGACUAGACUGGAUUGCUGAAAUGACUUCGCCGGGAGUUUGAUUGACAAGCGAUCUAACCAAUCAUAAUGCCGAAUCCGCCAUUUUGUCUGGAAAAGCAGUCAGGAGUUAGAAGAUUAACCUCAGUGGACUUGAUCUUUGUGAAGGGUCACUGCAAUGCCGUUUUGUCCAAUGACUGUAGCCUUUUAGUCUGAGGCAUGACGCCUUUUUGUUGUAUGACUGAAGUCUGAGGAUGUCCUAAAAUGUACACCAUAGGUGUGACCUUUUUUUAUGACCACUUAGAUCAUUGAAUUUAGUCCUUUUUUAUUGUUCAGAUUUCAAGUCACCAGCUUUUGAACCAUUAAUUUUUAUACACACUAUUCACGAAUUAGAAGUCUAAAAUGAGUUUUUUGCACAGCCCUAUGUCAUAUGUCGGGUCAGAGAUUGCGCUUCCACUCUAAGUUCCUGGAACCAUGUGGAUUACUUUUAUGAUGGAUGGAUGCACUUCUUUUGGGCUUCAAAAUCAUGAGUGCUAUUCACUACCAUUAUAAAUCCUGGAAGAGCCAGGAUAUUUUUUAAUAUAACUCCAAUUAUGUUCACCUGAAAGAAAAUAGUCAUAUACAUCUAGGAUGGUAUGAGGGUGAGAAAAUCAUGGGAUAAUUUUCAUUUUUAGGAAAAUUAUGCCUUUAAUUUUGUUGUACAAAAAUCAAAAUGUCAUGUUUCUUGUAUGCGCAUAGUAAAGGUGAUUAUGAUUUUUGUUCUGAACUGUGCUUAAUUGUCACACAUCCUCCUUGAUACUUAAUUUGUUUUCAUCGCUCAUGAGCAUUUUCAGUUUAAUAUUUAAUUGGUUUAAAUGUUGCUCCUUUUUAAUCGGAUGCUUUAUAUGCUUGUGGUCAAACACGAUUUAUAGAAUUUCAUCAAUGCAGUUAAUCAAGAGCAGACACACUAGGACAGUUGUUGCAUUUAUGCCAUUUAUUGACUUGCAUACAUUAGGCUUGAAAGGCCACUGCUGUGUAAAUUGAGUAUACAAGAAUAUAAUAAAACCAGGCUGAUGGACUUA